AUCACUGUCACACUCACAUAUAUACAUCCCUUUUUUAGCUCCCAGACACACACAAAACUACUCAUCCACCUUAUUCUUGUAUAUAUAGAAUUCUUUCUUCUUAGCUUACUUAUUUCUCGAGCAUAAUUUCACGAUUCCGACCAACAACUUCUUGAGAUAAGUAACUCGUAAGUCAUAAUUUUUUUUCUUGCUCCAGUUGGUUGAAAUAAGGAUCAACUUAAUUACUUACUUCUCGAGUGAUAGUUCCAACAAUCCACACCAACAACUACUGAUUGGUGAAAUCAUAAUUUCUUUCCUUUUUUGCUUCCUUCUUAAAAUUUUGCAAAUUUGUUUACUUAGUUGUUUCAACUUUUAUUCAAAUGAAGAGUCCUUCCAAGAAGUUAAGCAACAUUAUAGCCAAGUGGAGAAUGAGAAAGAAAGGUCAAUUUGUUCUGUAUACAAAGGAAGGCAAGAGAUUUGUUGUACCAUUAUAUUAUCUUAAUCAUCCUAUUUUCAAAGUUCUACUUGAAAUGGCUGAAGAAGAUUAUGGUUCAACUGUGAAUGGCCCUUUGCAAGUUCCUUGUGAGAAUAAACUGAUGGAAUAUAUUCUUUGUUUGUUGAGAACAAAACCUGAUGCUGAAAUAGGGGAAGCUCUUUCCUCUAUUGAUACAUGUAGAGGAACACACGUUUCUUCUAAUUUCUCUCCUUUUCCUUAUUUGGGAACAAUUUAA